CUCACACACCAAAGCAAAAAAGCAAAAAAAUACUGAAGCAUAUAAAAAAGUACUGAAGCACAAAUACAAAAAAGCACCACAGACACAAGAAAGCACUGAAGCACAAAUGCAGGAAAGCUCUAAAGCAGAAGCACUAACGCAAAGAUGCAAGAAAAUAUCUUGCCUAUAUAUGAGCUUCUAUAUGGCAACCAAGUUAUAA